AGGCAAACAUUGUACAAUGAUUUCAAAGAUCUAAGUAUGUUCUGAGUUGCAGAGCUUGUAUCUUUUUCUUCAAGAAUCAGCUAAAGUUUUGAAAUUGUUUUAAACUUUGACUUUGUCAGAGUUUAGUCUUAGAGUGUUGACACAGGGAAGUUUCCUCACAUGAUAGAUGGUCAAUAAUGAUCCCUCUGGUUGUCCUGUGGGGGCCCACAGAGGCUCCCUAGUGAGGUCUUACUCAAGGUCUGCAAGUCUGAGCUUGCUUUGCCCAGCAGAGAUACAUAAUGGGAUGAUUUGGCCAAUGACGUGGUUACCAGGUAUUUUGAAGGAGCUACACUUGUUGGUACUUUAUACCUCAACCUUGAAAGGGGGAGGUCUUUUGCCCCUCCCCUUGCGGAUAUAGAAAAAGCCCAUCAUGAAUAAAGUCCAGGUGACUGGGUAUUGACCCAGGGUCCUCCUGAAGCUAUCCUAUGUCUGUCUUUCUCAUUGUCUCCGUCUGUAUUUCUGUCUAAUACUUCCUCAUUCCUCGCUCCUCCCCAAGAACCCUUCUACAUGUUGGAGCUGGCCUCUGACAUUGUCCAUGACAGGUAUCUGAGGUGCAGUAAAGGACAGAUUGGGAUAGCUAGAAAUAUAUUAAAACUGUUAAUAAAAACAGUAGGACUCAGUUUGUGUCUAUUCUAAACAUGACAUAUUUGAUGUACAGUUCAUUUUGAUUUAUACUGCUUCUUUAAAUAAAAUGUCCAUAAGGGAAAAGACUUUGUAGAAUGAGGGAGGAUAUGGAAUUAGGAGAGAAUUAUGAACUAAAACUCCAUUUCUUGGGGGCCAGAGAGAUGGUUCAGCCGGAAAAGGUACUUGCUGCUAAAUCUGAUCCUCUGAAUUUGAUCCCUGGAACCUACACAGUGGAAGGAGAAAACUCAUUCUUGCAAGUUGUCCUCUGACCUCAACACAUGCUCUGUAAUACAUGCAUACCAUUCCCCCCAAUAAAUAAAAGGAUAUGUAGUAAACUUGAAAAAUAUUUUUACUGAGACUCUUUGAACAGGUCUAUAUAGUCAGAACUGGUUUCUUAUUUGUUUUUGUUUUUCAAGACAGGAGGGUUUCUCUGUGUAGCCCUACCUGUCCUAGCAUUCAUUCUGUAGACCAGGCUGUCCUUGAACUCAGAGAUCCACCUGUCUCUGCCUCCUGAGUGCUGGGAUUAAAGGCGUGCAAUACCACUUCAUGAUUCAGAACUAUUUUUUAUGAUAAUACUAAAACAGGAUUUGCACUUUUCAGGAAGAUCUCACUUCACUGACCUGAGGGCUAAUGGAAUAUGUGCUUGGAUAUUGUAUCUUAAAGGAAUGUCUGAGUUUUGAUUUAUAUAUGCUGAUUAACAAGUAUAACCCAUUAACAACAUCUUAGUAAUUUUAAACAGUUCAAAAGAAUAUGGAGCUGGGUGUUAGUGGUGCACACCUUUAAUCCCUGCACUUGGGAGGCAGAGGCAGGUGGAUCUCUGUGAGUUCGAGGCCAGUCUACAAAGGGAGUUCCAGGAUAGCCAGGACUGUUACACAGAGAAACCCAGACAAAAAAAACCAAAAAAAAAAAAAAAAAAAAAAAAAAGAAUAUGGAGACCAGAAUUUGUGAACAGUUUUUAGGGCAUAGUGUGUUUCUUUUUAUUGUUGUUUAUUGUAGACAGCAUUGGUUCUUCUGAGCAACCUUUUCUCCCCUGGCUCUCAGGGAGUGGAACAUGAGCAUUGAGUGUGGGUACAGUUUAGGUGAUUGGCUCCAAACAGCUGAGGGAAGAAAGCUCCAAAGACAGCAUGGAAGAACUUUCCUUCUAACUGUGCUGAGCAAAAUAGACUGUUAUGGAGGGAGGUACUAAUGUACUGACAGGGCCUAGUGGGUCACACAGCUUAGUUAAAACACUUGGAGCUGGGAGUGUGUGCAGCUCAACACGAGAGUGCUUGCUGUGCGUGUGUGAGGCCCUGGGCUUGGCCUUUAGCCUAGCAAACCAAAGUCAUACUUUUUAAGAGGGUUCUUAGUUCUGUACUAAAGGAUUCGAAUAUACAAGAAGGCUCUGUUAAAAAAAUACUUUAAAUCGUACAAUUUUUGUGCUAGAGAACUCACUGUGUUAGAUCUCUAAAAAACAAAGAAGAAACUUACUAUUACUAGGGUACCUCCCAGUUCUUACAUGAAUAUUUGUAUUAACUUGUUCACUGUUCUUUUUCCCUCAUAUAUUUUGUUUCAGUUGGUCGAAUUAUGUUUCAGCUCUUCUCAGACAUAUGUCCAAAAACAUGCAAAAACUUCCUAUGCCUAUGCUCAGGGGAGAAAGGCCUUGGGAAAACAACUGGGAAGAAGUUAUGUUACAAAGGUUCUACAUUCCACCGUGUGGUUAAAAACUUUAUGAUUCAGGGUGGGGACUUCAGUGAAGGUAAUGGAAAAGGUGGAGAAUCAAUUUAUGGUGGAUACUUUAAAGAUGAAAACUUUAUUCUCAAACAUGACAGAGCGUUCCUUUUGUCAAUGGCAAACCGAGGGAAACAUACCAAUGGUUCCCAGUUUUUCAUAACUACAAAGCCUGCUCCACACCUGGAUGGGGUUCAUGUCGUCUUUGGACUGGUUAUUUCCGGUUUUGAAGUAAUUGAACAGAUUGAAAAUCUGAAAACAGAUGCUGCAAGCAGACCUUAUGCAGAUGUCCGAGUCAUUGACUGUGGUGUGCUUGCCACCAAGUUGACGAAAGAUGUUUUUGAGAAGAAAAGGAAGAAACCAACACAUUCAGAAGACUCGGAUUCUUCUUCCAAUUCCUCUUCCUCUUCAGAAUCAUCCUCAGAAAGUGAAGUUGAACAAGAGAGAAUCAGAAGGAGGAGACAUAAGAGGAGGCCAAAAGUCAGACAUACUAAAAAGAGACGGAAGGAAAUGAGCAGUUCAGAGGAGCCAAGGAGGAAGCGCACAGUGAGCCCUGAAGGUUAUUCUGAGAGAAGUGAUGUGAAUGAAAAAAGAUCAGGUGAUUCAAAUGCUAAAAGAGAAAAGCCAGUUGUCCGUCCAGAAGAAAUUCCUCCAGUUCCCGAGAACCGAUUUUUACUUAGAAGAGAUAUGCCUGCUGUCACAGUGGAGCCUGAACCGAACAUUCCAGAUGUUACACCUGUUGUAAGUGAUCAGAAACCAUCUGUAUCAAAGUCUGGACGGAAAAUUAAAGGAAGAGGCACAAUUCGCUACCACACACCUCCAAGGUCAAGAUCGCGUUCUGAGUCUGAAGAUGAUGACAGCAGUGAAACUCCUCCUCACUGGAAGGAGGAGAUGCAGAGACUAAGAGCGUAUCGGCCGCCAAGCGGGGAGAGGUGGAGCAAAGGAGACAAGCUAAGUGACCCCUGUUCCAGCCGAUGGGAUGAAAGAAGCUUAUCCCAGAGAUCCAGAUCGUGGUCCUAUAAUGGAUACUAUUCUGAUCUUAGUACAGCAAGACACUCUGAUGGUCACCACAAGAAACGCAGAAAGGAAAAGAAGUUUAAGCAUAAAAAAAAAGCUAAAAAGCAGAAGCAUUGCAGAAGACACAGACAGACAAAGAAGAGAAGAGUAGUUAUGCCACCUGACUUGGAACCCUCAAGAUCUUCCACCCACCGAAUGAAGACCUCUUGUGAGAGAGAAAGGAGAUCUCGUGCCUCCUCCUCCUCCUCCUCCUCGCGUCUCUCAUCAAAGCGGGACUGGUCUAACUCGGACAAGGACGACCGGAGCUCUUCUACCCACUCCAGCAGAGACUCCUACAGAUCCAAGUCUCGUUCCCGAUCGGAUUCUAGAGGGAGCUCGAGAUCAAGGGCUCUGUCAAAGUCCUCAUCGCGUUCUCACAAUAGAUCAAAGUCCAGAUCUAGUUCGAGGUCAGGGCACCGAAGAACAUCAUCAAAAUCACCAAAAAACCCUGCUCAUUUGAGUGAAAAUAAGCCAGUUAAGACAGAACCUUUAAGAUCAUCGAUGCCACAGAAUGGAAGUGUGCUAGUGCAGCCAGUGGCAGCAGAAAACAUUCCUGUAAUACCCUUGAGUGACAGCCCUCCCCCUUCUCGGUGGAAGCCUGGACAGAAGCCCUGGAAGCCCUCGUACGAGCGGAUUCAGGAGAUGAAGGCUAAGACAACCCACCUGCUGCCUGUCCAAAGCACAUACAGUUUAACACAUACUAAAGAGACUGGGAGUUCAUCUUCCUAUCACAAAAGGGAAAACCAUUCUGAGAGUGAUGGCAGUGCUCAUUCAAGGUACAGUGAUAGAACUUCUGGGAGCUCAGGGAGGUCAGGGGGCAGGUCCUCUAGGAGCAGGUCAUCCUCUAGGUCAUACACAAGGUCAAGGUCACGAAGUCAGCCUACUUCACGCUCUCGGUCCAGGUCUCUGUCAUCUAGGUCUCACUCAGAGAAUAAGUACAGUGAUGGUUCCCAGCGCAGUAGGUCAUCUUCAUACACUUCCGUUAGCAGUGAUGAUGGAAGACGAGCCGCGAGGACAUUUAGAUCUAGUGGGAAAAAGAGUGUCACCUCAAGUAAAAGACACCGCAGCAGCUCAAAAAAGAUACUUCACAGUAAAUAUGUCAGAGGCAGAGAGAAGUCUCCAUGUCACAGAAAGUAUAGUGAAAGCAGAUCGUCUUUAGAUUCCUCCUCAGACAGUGAACAGUCACAUGCUCCAGGAGUGCACUCGGCCCCAGAGAAGGAGAAGCAGGGGAAAACAGAAGUAUUGAGUGAUAAGCAGGGGAAAAGCAGAGAGGAAGGGCAAUCCAAGCCUGAAUGGGAAAAGAGAACUUUAAAAGAGAAUCUUUCUGGUCACUCUAGAGACAGCAGUAAGUCUAAAGGGAAGAACUGUGCUGGGAGUAAAUGGGACUCGGAGUCGAACUCAGAACAAGAUGUGACUAAGAACAGGAAAAGUGAUCCUGGGAGACGUUCUGAUAAGGAAGAGGGUGAAGCCUCUUCAGACUCCGAGUCAGAAGUUGGUCAGAGUCACUUCAAAGCCAAACCCCCAGCAAAGCCUUCAGCAAACACUUCUCUGCCUGACAGUAAUGGUGCCUGGAAGUCUAGGAGACCACAGUCUUCGGCUUCUGAGUCAGAGGGCUCCUGCUCCAACUUGGGAAACAUUAGAGCAGAGCCCCAGAAGCAAAAAUGCCCAAAGGAUAGUCUUAAAGGGGAUCACACAAAAAAGGUGAGAGAGAAAUUGAAAGCCAAAAAAGACAAAAAACACAAGGCUCCGAAACGGAAGCAAGCCUUUCACUGGCAGCCUCCACUAGAGUUUGGUGAUGAAGAGGAGGAGGAGAUGAAUGGAAAGCAACUUACGCAGGAGCCAAGAGAAAAAAAGCAUGUCUCCGAGAAGUGUGAAACUGUAAAAGACAAUGUUCCAAAAGUAGAGAAAACCUGUGAUGAAGGCAGCUGUCCCAGUAACCCUAAGAAGGAUACUUCAGAGCACCACCCACUUGCAGAGAGUGAUCGGCAUCCCAGCCCUUGCCCUGCAUCUCCCAAAGUGGAGGAAAAUGCUACUAGCUCUCCCCCUAGCACCCAGCCCAUUGAAGAGCAUGUCCCAGGUGGAGGGGAGGACGUGCUUCAGACAGAUGACAACAUGGACAUUUGCACCCCGGAUAGGAGUUCUCCUGCAAAGGGAGAGGGAGUGUCCCCAUUAGCAAGCCACAGGCUGGACAGCCCAGAGGUGAGCAUUAUUCCAGAGCAGGUCGAGCACAUGGCACAGCCCAGAGCAGGAGGGAAACAAGAAACCAUUGUGUCUGAAGGUAAAACCUCAAGUGAAGGUGGAAAACAGGACAGUUCUGCCAGCUUGGCCAGUCCUGUAGAAAUUGCUGGAAAGAAGGAGGGGGCUGAGAAGAGCCAGAUGAACCUCACAGAGAAGUGGAAGCCAUUGCAGGGUGUAGGGAAUCUGGCAGUGCCUACUGCAACCACAUCCAGUGCUCUGGAUGUGAAGCCAUUGGCUCCUGUGCCUGAAGUGAAACCACAAGGCUUGAGAAUAGAAAUCAAAAGCAAAAAUAAAGUUCGGCCCGGGUCUCUCUUUGAUGAAGUAAGAAAGACAGCACGCCUAAACCGGAGGCCACGGAAUCAAGAGAGUUCCAGUGAUGAGCAGACACCUAGUCGGGAUGGUAAUAGCCAGUCCAGGAGUCCACACAGAUCUCGAAGUAAAUCUGAAACCAAAUCUCGACACAGAACAAGGUCUGUCUCCUAUAGUCACUCAAGAAGUCGAUCUAGAAGUUCCACAUCAUCUUACCGAUCAAGAAGCUACUCUAGAAGCCGGAGCAGAGGCUGGUACAGCAGAGGCCGAACCCGAAGCCGGAGCAGUUCCUAUGGAAGUUUCCAUAGCCAUAGGACAUCCAGCAGGAGCAGGUCCAGGAGCAGCUCCUAUGACCCUCACAGUCGCUCCAGCAGAUCCUACACUUAUGAUAGCUACUACAGCCGGAGUCGCAGCCACAGCCGCAGCCAGAGGAGUGACAGUUACCAUCGAGGCAGAAGUUACAACAGGCGGUCCAGGAGCGGUCGAUCGUAUGGCUCGGACAGUGAAAGUGACAGAAGUUACUCUCAUCACCGGAGCCCCAGUGAGAGCAGCAGAUACAGCUGAGGGAUCUUUGUACACAGAUUGUAUCUUAACUGUAAAUAAUUGGUAACUUAAAGCUUAAGAAACUGGACGGCAGUCUGUUGUGUUUCAGUAUUAGAACUCAAUUCCAACAGUGGAUAGUUCCUGUCACUUCAAGUACAGGUGUCAACUAGAAAUAUUUUUAUGCCCCACUUUACAGUAGACAACUAUGGAAUUUUCAUUUUCUUGAAUCAAGAAAUGGUGAAGUUGAUGUAAGUAUAAUUUGCAGUGUUUGUAGCUCACAUAGUCCAUAGAAUUCAGGUUUGUCAACAGUGUUUUCAGGUUUUAGCAUCCAUGCUGCCAAACAGAAUUGUGGAGAGCUGUCACAAGCUACAGGUCCCCACAUCCCUGUGCUGGUUAUAGUCUUGUGUGUGUUGUCAAACUAGGCCAUCCACAUCCAUAUUGACUGUGGCCAGGUGUGCAGGGUGGUGGCGCAUGUCGCCAUGUUUGCCUUUCCACAGAGACUGCAGAUCGUGUUGCUGUUCCAGCUCUCACUUUGGUGCUUGGUGCCUUUGGUUCUCUUACACCUUACUUCAUAUACAUGUCCUGAUGCCAGAAGAUAGAAUCAUGGCUUUUUUUUCUUUCUUUCUUUUCUUUUUUUAAAUUCACUGGCACCAAAAAUUAUUUCUUCUGAGCUGGGUUCACUAUGAAGGUAGGGCUUCUUCCAAACAGAUGUGUGGUGCAGGUGUCUUGGACAGAGCCUGCAAGGUUGGCCAUCUUGCUUUGCACAUGUGUGCUGGAAGAGUCAGCUGGAGAGUGGACUUCAGAAGAAACUCCACUUCUUUAGUUAGCACAUCCCAGAGACACUUUGGCAAAGCUCUGCUCUCACACUGUGGCAACAGCCAACCUCUUCCCUGUUUGUGUUGAGACCUCUACUGGCUCCGUGAAGCCCUGCCUGACUGGAGACAACCCAGGACAAGAGUUGGGAGCAGAAGGAUCACAGGCUGCUGCACAGAAAGAUGUUCUUGUGGCUUUGCGUGGUUCCUCCUAAAAUAACCUGUAGAAAUUAGUUUGGGUUUGUUUCUUUGUUUCACUCUUUAAUUUGCAUUCUUUCCCCAAGUGUACUUAAUCACCUUAGUGCCGGUUUAAUCCUGUUCACAGAAAGAAUUUCUGUAUAUGGUGUCAAAGUCUAUACCAUCCAAUCUCAGGCCCUGCUGCCGGUGUAUUUGGGAAGAGGAAAAGCCUUUAGCUGCUAGAGGACCUUAACAGCCCUGGCCCAAUGGAGGGAGGCACCGAUGUGUGAAAAUGGUUUUCCAGGGCCAUGUGGCUCAGUGUAGCAUAUGCUUAGCAUGUAAGGAUGCUCUUGUACCCCAAAAAUAAUGCUGUCACCCUUAUGAGGUACAUAAGUAGCAUUUUGGUGGCCAGCCAUUGUUCAGCAUACCAGUAAAUAUAAGUUCAUUAGAAAACAGGAUAACAUCAGAAGUUAUUGCUUGGCUGAAGAUUAAACCUGUGGUUUAUAGUGGGUUUUUUUUUUCCCCUAAAAGUUUCCUACAAAGAAGGAUGUUUGAAUCUACUAGUUGGUGAGAAGAAUGCAAGCAGAGCCCAAACAAACUGCCAAAUGGAAUUAGUAAGGAAAAGUCACUAUUGGGCAACGUAUCGUUGUUUUGUAGCUGUGUAACAAAUUAUCCCAAAUUUCUCAGCCUAAAACAGUACCCAUGUGUCACUGACUAUCAGCUUUGUAACUCAUGGCCAGGCAUGGUGGGGUUGACUGCUCAGGGUCUCAGGGCUGUGGCUAAGGGCUGGAAGGACACAUGCCUCAUGAAGACUCGGAGGAGGAGUGACUUUCUUGCAGACUGUCAGCUGGGGCCUCUCUGGGCUCUUUUGGGGGUGCCCACAUCCCUGCCCCAGGCUUAGCCAUCUUCAACCAACAGGGAUCCUUUGAGCCUUCAUCUUUCUUCAAAACCUCUGCCUUCCUCCUGUCUUAAAGGUUCAUGUGACUAGAUCAAACUAGAACAGAGAUAAAUAUCUGAAGUCCGGUGGCCAGGGGAGUUACAGGCGUUGGCAGGUUCCGGGGGUUGGCAUAGGAAGAGGCAGGGCGUGCCACCUCCUGCCACCAUGGACAGCCUGACCUGUCCGGGCAGGCUCUCACCUUAGCAGUGUCAGCCUGGCUGUUUAUACUCAAGUGAACUACAGAAAUGGCUUUCUUUCCUAACCAGGAUCAUUCUGUAUUUUGAAGUUAUUUUUUUAAUAAAAUUGAAUUACAUUGUGUAAUGUGCUUAAUAGAAAAUGCUUUAUUGGACAGUUUUGUAACAUCCUGUUUACUGCAAAUGGCAUAGUUGAUAUUGUCAAAAAUGUAGAAAAUACUUUUGUACAUAUUAGCAGUGUCUAAUUUGUAUAUACAUCAAUUAAAUUUCCCUACAACUUGAAAAGGGUCUUGUAGACAUGAAAAUACAUGCUAACUUUGA